AUGGAACUUUACGUUAAGCAACAUCCAGAGGAUCGUCAAAUUGCAGUAUGCUCAACAAAUUAUGCGUUAAUCUUUCAAUGCGUUAAUAAUCAAAUUCCUUCAUGUGCUAUUCAAUUAAAACCUAAAUCAUUUGUGUUGGAAAAUUGCAAAAAAUCCAAUUCAAACAACAAAAAUAGUAAUUUUUUUCAAAAGCUUUCUUUUCAUGAUAUUUACGGGUUUAUUGGCCUAAUUGAAUUAAACAAUUUAAUUUUUAUUGCUUGUAUCACUGGGAAAACUAAAGUGGCACAGCCUAUUCCCCAUGAAUCUGUCAACAAAAUUUUUGCAGUUGAUUUUUUUUGUCUAAAUGAUCCCAAAUGGGAUUUUGUUGAAAUAGAUUCAAACGGAUACCCCAUUUUGCAAACAAAUGAUGACAAUGGUGCAUCUAGUAGCAAAAACAACACGAAUAAUACGCCUCGUUCUGCUUCUAAUACAUUGAUGUACGAACCUGAUGUCGAAUUACAAUAUCGAACCAACAGUGGGGGGUUUACAACCAAUACGUCAAACCAUAGCGCAGAAUAUGCCAGAGGUACAAACAACGUGUCUAAUAAUAUAAUUGACGAUGGUUUAUUGGCCAAACACCCAUGCCAUGACUUGAGAAAAUUAUUAAGUAGCGGCUCGUUUUACUAUAGUUCUGAUUUUGACUUAACUUCAACUUUACAAAACAGAGGCGGCUUGAAAAAUAACCACUCUUUAAGCCUGGAUCAUUAUGAAGAAGAGUAUAUGUGGAACUCGUUUUUAAUGCAAGAAGUUAUCUCUUUUAGAGAUAGAUUAUCUGAUGGUGAAAAGGAUAUUUUGGACGAAGAAGGGUUUUUGACUACUGUUAUUAGAGGUUUUGCGGAAACAUAUAUGUCUUAUGUUAAUAAGUUGAAAGUGUCUUUGACUGUUAUUUCAAAACAGAGUUGGAAAAGAGCAGGUACCAGAUACAAUGCCAGAGGCAUUGAUGAUGACGGAAAUGUAGCAAACUUUGUUGAAACUGAGUUUGUCAUGUAUUCCAAGGAAUAUUGUUUUGCAUUUACUGAAGUAAGAGGAAGCGUUCCUGUUUUUUGGGAACAAGAUACCUCUAUUUUGAACCCAAAAGUCUCUAUCACUAGAUCUGUAGAAGCUACACAACCUACGUUUGAUGAACAUUUCAAUAAAUUGUGCUCAAAAUAUGGUCCUGUAGAUGUAGUUAAUUUAUUAUCCACAAAGUCGUCAGAAAUUGAAUUGACAAGGAGGUAUAGGAAGCACAUAAAAAAUUCCAAAUAUAAAGACAAUAUAUUUUUGACUGAAUUUGAUUUCCACAAGGAGACUGCCACUGAAGGAUUUUCUGCUGCCGUGAAAUUAAAACCGUUGAUACAGGAUUUUCUGCUAGAUAGUGGGUAUUUUUCGUAUGAUGUCGUUGAGGGCAAAACACUGAGUGAACAGCACGGUGUUUUCAGGGUGAAUUGUUUGGAUUGUUUGGAUAGAACUAAUUUAAUUCAACAAUUUAUUAGCAACUUAGUGUUUAAAUUAUUUUUACAAGAUUUUAAGUUAUUGAAAAGUAAAUCCACCUCAAUGUUUGACGAGGAAAUUGAUUGUUUCAUAAAGCACAACACUUUAUGGGCUGACAAUGGAGACCAAAUUUCCCAAAUUUACACUGGUACAAAUGCAUUGAAGUCUUCAUUUUCUAGAAAGGGUAAAAUGUCAUUUGCCGGAGCGUUGGCCGAUGCCACUAAAUCUGUUAGUAGAAUCUAUAUCAAUAAUUUUAUGGAUAAGGAUAAACAAAACAAUAUUGAUAAAUUGUUGGGUAAAUUGCCAAAUCAAUUGGCUGUUCAGUUAUAUGAUCCGAUGAUGGAAUAUGUUAGUUCUCAGUUGGCUAAAGUUUCUGACCAAUAUACACUCUCAGAUACCAUAAAUUUAUUAAUUGGUACCUAUAAUGUUAAUGGUAUCACCAGGAAAAGUGAUCUAAGUAAAUGGUUAUACCCAAUUGGUGAUAAAUUCCAACCGGAUAUUGUUGUGUUGGGCCUACAAGAGGUUAUUGAACUAACUGCAGGUUCAUUAUUAAAUGCAGAUUAUUCCAAGAGAUCUAUUUGGGUAAAUAUGGUUAAUGACUGUUUAAAUCAAUAUAGUAACAAUACGGAAAAUGGUGGUGAUAAAUACAUGAUGUUGAGGGCGGAACAAAUGACCUCUUUAAUGAUUUUAUUUUUUGUUAGGGCUGAUAAAGUUAACAAUGUUAAACAGGUUGAAGGUGGGUCCAAAAAAACUGGGUUUGGUGGGAUUGCUGGGAAUAAGGGAGCAGUUGCAAUUAGAUUUAAUUAUGGUGAGACAUCGUUUUGUUUUGUAAAUUCCCAUUUGGCUGCUGGUGUGUCCAAUUUUGAAGAACGUCGUAUUGAUUUUGAAUCCAUUAUGAAAAAUGUUAAAUUUACUAGGGGCAAAACUAUCCCAAUCCAUGAUAACAUUUUUUGGCUAGGGGAUUUGAAUUAUAGAAUAGAUUUGCCUAAUGAGGAAGUUAGAAAAGUCUUGAGCGACAAGAAUGCCCCAAGCAAUCUAAGUAAAUUGCUCCAAUAUGAUCAAUUAACACAAGAAAUCAAUGCAGGUGUUGUUUUCAAGGGGUUUAAGGAGCCAACAAUUAGAUUUCCGCCAACAUAUAAAUAUGAUUUGGGUACAGAUUUGUAUGACACAUCAGAAAAGGCAAGAACACCAUCUUGGACAGAUAGAAUUUUGUAUAAUGGGAAAAAUUUAAGACCUUUAUCGUAUUCUGAUGUUUGUUUACACUUUAGUGACCAUAAACCAGUAUAUGCAGCUUACAGGUCUAAGGUUGAAUUUGUCAACCAAAAUAAAAAAGAUGAAUUCAUUGACAAAUUUAAAAAAGACUAUAAGGUGUUACAUCCGAAUGAAAGUGCUAUAAGCGCUUCUUCCUUGCUGAUUGAGGAAGAGGAGGAAAAAGAAGCAGGGGAAAAAAUAACGGAUAAUAAAAAUAAACAAACAGUGAAUCCGCUGGGACAAAUUUUAUCGGCGAAAUUACCAAUUUCGUCAACUAGUACUAUUAAUAGCAAACCUGUUCCUCCUCCGAGAAAGAGCGGCAUACUAGAUCCAAAAAGAAGCGAAAAUGGGAAGCAAUUACCCUUAGAAAUUAAUUUGUUGGAUUUAGAUAUCGGUAACGGUCCUAUAACGGACUCAACCUCUAGCGUAUCCUCGCCCAUUAACACUAUUAGCGACAUGAGUUUCCGCUCUUCCACGCCGCCUCUGGUUCCAUUAAAACCGAAGUCACUUUCAUCACCUGUUGGUUCUAAUGCAUCAGGAACUAGUAGGAUAACUGAUAGUAGUUUGAAUACCAAUAAAACCGCUACCGCUAAUACCACAGAGACUACAAGUAUUACAAAUGUUAACGCACCGCCAACACCACCAGCCCCAAGACAUACUGUCAGCAUGUCUACUUUACCCGAUGAUAUAACGCAUAGACCGGAACCACCAUUAAAUGUAAAAUUACCUCCUGGUUUUAAUUCAGAAAGCAUUUUGAAGCCUAAAAAAGAUAUAUCGCCACCUAAGGUACCAUUUAAGAAUCCUGAUUUAUCUGUUGCAAAAGAUACCAAUACCACCGCAUCUAAUAAAGGAUCCACGCCAAAAGUUAAAAAAAAUGGUAAUACUGGUGGCCCUCCAACAGUUCUUGCUAAAAAACCUGAAUUGAGUAUGGAUGCAUGGAAACCUUUAAGUCCUAAGUGA